CGACGCCGCCCGGACGCCAUCGACCGGGACCUCUCAGCUGUCACAGCAAGGUCACCGCCGGCGCCUCCUCCAAGAUCUCCUCUAAUUCUGCCCUUUGAAGAAGGCUUGAUCAAUUGCGAUGUCGUUGACCCGGACCUCAUCCUCAAGCUCGAGUGGAACCACUUCUCCGCCUAGACAGCAUACCUUAGUUUCUGGUGAAGGACAUAUCUUAAACAGGGACGUCUUUGCUGGGUUGGAGACUUGGGAGGAUCCCACUCCUAGACCAUCAACUUUUACUCUCAAGGAGCUGGAUGAUGCCUGGGUUGCUAAUGCAAGGCGCCAACUGAUCCUCAGGCCUAAGUCACCGUCCCGCGAGGAGCGGAUAAGACGCAGACAAGACCAUGAUCGAAAGAGCUUGAUGAUAGCACUAGAAGUCUAUGCAAAGAAAAAUGAUAUGCAGCCCGAGCUGGAAUUGAUUGAAGUAAAAGAGAGGACCUUAAUCGAUGAGGAGGGAAAAGGAUACGUGCAUUUCAACUUUUUAGUGAAAAGACUAGAUGGCACAUCUGGUUUAUUCUUUGCGGAGGUGCAUCCCGAUUGUAGAGAGGAAGAGGAUGUUUAUCUUUGCAUCCCUUUGGAUGAGAAUGACUGCGGUCAUUGUUUUGGGUGCAAGGACCGUGCAAAAGACCUCAAGCACCCGACUAGUGGUGGCUAUUUGGGUGGGCACAAGGAUCUCGGUUUUCCAUUCAUGGUAUUUGAGAGUGAUGAAGAUAGUGAAGGCGAGAUUUGAUCUGUCUUUGUCCGCAUUAGUUUCUUUUUGCCAUCAGCAUUAGUCUGAUUGUGAUGCACUAAUGAUUGUGGAUGACAGUGCUAGUUACUAGUUGUUAGGAAGAACAUUCUUCAUCAAAUUAAGAUGCAUAAAUUCUUAGAAGGUUUGAUCUGUUUGAACAUUCUAUUUGUGUGGGCCAAGGAUCUCGGUUCUCUGAAGGUUUAUGGCAAGCUCAGCAGCGAGCAUGCCUGUGAGGUGUCAGCAAUGAAUAUUUGGUAAAAUGUAAAAACUUGUUGCUGGAAGGAUGGGUACUUAUCCUCUUAGAGACAACAGUUUGGUUCUUCCAAAACUACCUGAAUUUAAGCUUUUGUGCUGACUGCUGAGUGAUCAAUUGUUUAAA